AUGAAGGAUGAUAGAAAUGGGAAGGGGACAACGGACGGGAAGGGGAGGAGAAGGGAAGGGAAGGGUACCUACCUUAGGGAAGAAACCGGACGGUACGUACUCUGUGAGUCUGUACCGCAGACUGGAAACACCUCACCUCCAGGUCACACCCACCACCACCACCACCACCUGCUGCCUCAGCAUCUCAAAAUCAAGAUGGAAGGAACGGACACGGAGUAUUCUGCAAUGCCGGGGUUCGGAUGUACCUUCCAAUCUCUCGGCUCUGGCAUCUCACACUCCCGUGAUCGUUUCGAACGCACUCAGUCACCCACACUGUCCACACAUGCAAGGGAGAAUCGGAAAUCUCCAUUCUCGCGGAUAAUACUGGACGACGACUUGACACGGGGGAAUGGCGGCUCAUCGUCUUUUGAAGCCCGCCUCGUCUCCAUAGUACAUGGCACUAUGAAUACUAGCGACUCCAUCCACCUGCAGGCCGCACGCCGCACGCCGCGCGAAGAUCUUGAGCUUUACUUUUCUGACGGGGCCUGCCGCUACUCACUGGCCCUUACCCAGUACGCUACUGUACUAUGUACUACACUAGCCUUCAACCCUCCAAGUCAAAUCUUUCGAAGUCGAGAAUAUCGAUUCAAAGCAACAUCUACUUCACUGUCUCCCACCACUUCCUGUACCCUCACUGCGAAAACCAGCCGUCAUCACUGGGGGCGCAUUGAGCUAUCGUUCAAUGACUGGCCGCCAUUGCUUCAGGAACAGAACGUGGUCCCGCGAGAAUAUCACUUUGGUGUGGUGUUCUGCAUCACUUGCUCUAUCCGUCCCACAUGGCUUCAACGCGGCAGAAGUGAUGGGCACGCUGGCACGUCGCAUGGAACGUAUUCGCGAACACAAUAG